AUGCUGUUUAAUGCUCUAAACCAAAACUUGGUUCAGUUUGAGCUGAAGCCAGGGGUUCAAGUCAUUGUGUAUGUCACGCAACUGACAUUAGCUCCAUUGGUGGACUCCAGUGCUGGGCACAGCAGCUCAGCCAUGCUUAUGCUCUUGUCAGUGGUGUUUGUCGGCCUGGCUGUAUUUUUGAUCUACAAGUUUAAAAGGAAAAUCCCCUGGAUUAACAUCUAUGCUCAAGUCCAACACGACAAGGAGCAGGAGAUGAUUGGGUCAGUGAGCCAAAGUGAAAACGCCCCCAAAAUCACACUCAGUGACUUCACCGAGCCUGAGGAACUGCUGGACAAAGAGCUGGACACCCGGGUCAUAGGAGGCAUUGCCACCAUUGCAAACAGCGAAAGCACAAAGGAGAUCCCCAACUGCACUAGUGUUUAAUAUCCACAAGUCACGUGGUCAACCAUCUUUCUGACCUUAUUUUUGAUGAUUACUAUUACUCUUGUUAUGGAAAAAUGAAAAUGGCUUUUUUACCUUUUGUUUACCAAGGGCCCCUUCAUAAAGAGCAGGCAGAUGCUUAUUAGCUGUGGGAGGCAAAGGAGUUCUUAGCUGAUUAAAAUGAGACAAAAAGAAUAAAUGGCCGUAUUUGUGCAGAGGGCAAAGGAUGCAUCUUCCCGUGGCCUCCUUGGCUUCACUCUGCCGCUGACAGUGUGAGGACUCUUUUUACUGUGGUCUCCUUUGUCGUUUAUUUGUUUUUUGGUUUUUUUGUUUUUGUUUUUGUUAAGUUGGGUUGGCUUUUCAUUAACCUCCCAUGUCCUGCUUCCCACCCCCACAAUCACCAACACCCUCCCCCCACCCCCAGAACACACCCCUAAAACACAAACCAUUCCCCAGUUAGAUCUGCAGGAGGUGGGUUGGUGGGGAGUGAAAGUAGCUGCAGAAAGCGUGCACAUCUUUACGAAAGAGGCCCUGCCUCGUGCAUGUCGAUAGCGAGGCUACCGGUGGCUUCUUGUAUAUAAUUACAGUGUAAAUAGCUUUUUAUUUCCUAAGAAAUAAUUUAAUGUUUAGUAAAAAAGAAAACCGAAAAAAGAAAGAUGCGUGUGUUGGCUUAUGCACUCACCGUCCGAGCUGACCAACCCCCAGGCCUGCUAGUUGUGUUGGGUUCUGGAUGCUCUCCAGUUGUCUGUCACACUUAACUCUUGAAUCUCUG